AAAACGGUUAUAAAAAAUAAUUCAAACGCGGAAAAAUAGGAAGAGAGUAAAUAAAAUUGCUCUAUACGAAAUACUACGUUUGUCAACAAAACGGGGAAAAGAAUUAUCCUUUUUUUUUGAGACGAUAAUUGUUUAGAGUGAAUUUAAGUGAGCGUUGGUAAACUCCAGCUAAAAUCAUGUUCAAAUUGGGAAUUUUCUUAUUGCCCUUUCUAGUGGUAGUUGUAUGCUUUCUUCGCUUAGUUAAUGCCACAGUCCAACCAAGGGCUCCUAAUUUCCAGUACUUUGAAAGACCCAAAUAUCGUUAUCCCUACUAUGAUGCCAAUGGACGUGGUAAAUUACUGUAUGGUUACGGUGGACCCGAUCUCUAUCAAUACAAAACAUAUACCCCACUGGAGGGCAUUCACUAGAACUCUUUAAAGUUAAUUACAUUUUUUAAUUUAUUAUAUAAGUUAUUUUUAAACAAAUAUGAAAAUAAUUUCAAUGCUAUUCAAAAACAAGUAAUAAGGCGUAAAGUUCGGCCGGGCCGAACUUUGGAUACCCACCACCUCGGGUGUAUAUGUGUAAAACACCUUUCGUCAAAAUUUGAUGAAAAAUGCAUACCUAAUGCCCCAUUGCAGCUAUAGCGAAAUAUGUUCCGAUUUGGACCAAAUACU